AUGGGAAACCACAUCUCUCAAGGCUCAGGCUCAGCUGGGAGGGUCAUACUUCCAGAUGGGACAGUCGAAGAAUACACCAAACCAGUGACCGUGGCUGAGCUCAUGUUAGACCACCCACAGCAACUGGUGGUGGAGUUUCAAACGCUCACCAACGGAAGAAACCUGAAACCGUUGCCUGCAGACACGAAGCUGGAGAACAACAGAGUCUACAUGAUGCUGCCAAUGAGGAGAGGGAAGCCGGUUGGGGCAAUGUCAUCUGAAGAACUUCUCCUGAGGGCUAAUACGCUUCUGAAUUCCGAUUCCUUUGUGGCUGCUUACACUGGCUUUCUGCCGUUGUUUGCUAGGAUGUGUCCUGCUGCUGUGAUCAAGAGUAGCAAGAAAAAGGAGAAACAAGACAAAUUAUCAGCGCUAGCGGUGAUGGUUAAACCGGCUGGCCGGUUAUUGGAUUUGGGGGAGAUGGAUUCCGAAGGGAGGGCUGAUUAUUAUUUGAGCAGGCAGUUGUCUGGGAAAGGUUCAUGGAAGCCUAGUUUAGAUACCAUAAAGGAGAAGGGUGUCAAGGCCAAGAUCCGCCAUUGGUUGCAUUGA